AUGACGGAUGAGUUUGAGCAAUCAGAUUUAUUAGGUUACAUUCUCCAAAAUUCAAACCUUAAUGUCGAGCAAAUUGGCGAUCUAUUGCUCGGGUUAAUCUUUGGAGGACACGAGACAACGACUACUUCAAUUGUUUUGUCAAUCUACUACCUUCAUCAGUGCCCAAAGGCUUUGGAGCAACUAAGGGUAAAACAUGUUGGCAUAAUUAAGAGUAAGAUGGAAAGAGGAGCCGCAGCAGGGCUGACAUGGGAUGACUAUAAGAAAAUGAGCUUCACUCAAUGCGUGAUUAGCGAGUCACUGCGUCUGGGAAACAUCAUAAAGUUGAUUAGGAAAAAGGCAAGCCCGGAUAUUCACUACAAAGGCUACGAUAUUCCAAGUGGAUGGAGUGUGAUUUUACUGCUUGUAUCAGCCCAUAUGGACUCCUCGGUGUAUGAAGAUCCUGAAAAACUUGAUCCCUGGAGAUGGAAGAAUAGUGGGGAGUAUAAUAAAUCUGAACAGUGGAAAUCAAUCAAAGUUGUAGUUGUGGAAGCCAUGAGUGAUGGUUUAUGGAAUGGGAAGAAGUAUGGAGAGAAAAAUCCUUAUUAUAGCUAG